ACUCAUCACCACCACCACCAUCAAACCCUAGUGCAGAUCGUCUUGAAUGGUAGAAACAACUCCGAUCACCAGAGAAUUUAUGCUCUCCCAUUGCAACACCGCAAGGGCGAGCUUUCUCCUCCUCCGUCUCUCCGCUGCAUCUUCUUACAAAUUUGGCUUUUCCAAAGAAGGCUGGUACUACCAUUGCAUCGGCGUCGACCCUUGAACUCUCAUCACUGUUCUUUUUUAUUACCCUUUCUGAUUUUGAAAAUUUGAUAAAGAUGUUGUACAACAACAAGCAUAAGAAAAACCAGAAAUCGAAUACUACGAACAGGUUCCUCGUUAGCAUCACUGUCUUAGGAAGUGCUGGUCCGAUUCGUUUUGUUGUCAAAGAAGAUGAAACUGUAGCCAAUGUCAUAGAUUAUGCUCUCAAAUGCUAUGCUCGUGAAGGCAGGCUUCCACUUCUCGGAUCAGAUUCCAGCUUUUUCCUACUUUAUUGCCCUUACUCUGCCUCUGAAGCAUUCGAUCCAUGGGGGAAAAUCGGGUCAACCGGAUCAAGGAACUUUGUGUUGUCUAAGAAGUUAGAGACUCAAAACAUUGAAGACUCUGUGAUGACAACAACAAUCCGGAAGACCUCUGGGAGAUGGAAGGCUUGGCUCAACAAGUCUCUUGGCCUUAUGGUUCCUUCUCAUUAAGAUCAUGCUUUGAAAGCUUUUUUUAUGUCGAUUUCUGGAGUUCUGUUUUGGUUUUGUUGUCAGUGGAAUAAGCAUCACAACAUUUU